AGAGUAUAAUUUCUUCCCUCAAAUACAACCUUUUUUUUUUGUUUGGGGAGUACAACUUAAUACUACUAUAUUUCUUAUAUCUUAAAAAAAAAAAGAACUUAACAGAUUUCUUAUAAUUAAAAAAUGAAACAUUAUCCCAAACCCAAAAGUGUACCCAAAAAUAGUGCAAUUUUGAUUUACUGGUUUGCUGCUGGCGCUGACACUUGAGCAUUCUAUAGCCAUUUCUUUUGAAAAAAAUCAACAACUAGCAUCUUUUUUCUGCACUCAAUUAAUCAAUCAAUUACUAGUAUGUUAGAAAUCUAAGUUCCUGCUGCAACAUUUGCAAAGAAGAAUACCGAAAGAGAGAGAGGAAAAAGAAGGCAAAGAGGAAGAGGGUUCCAUUUCUUGAAUCUUGAUCCCAUCUUUCUCUUUCCUUCUUGUAAUAAAAGUUGAAUCUUUGCUUGCCCCUCUCUCUCUGUGUCUGUGUUGCCCUUGUUCUUUUUCUCUCUUAUUUUUCCCUUCAGCUGAAGUGAGAUGAUUUGCUGAAAUAUGAAGGUCCAAGCUGAUUAACUUGUUGCAGUUGUAGGGUGAUUAUUUAGUUUAAAUUUUCUUGUUUCUUCUUGAUUUCCCGAUACGAACCAGAAAUGGCGGUGGUUCCACAAGAAGCCAUUAAUCAAUUUGAGGCGUUAAUGGAGGAAGUUGACGAGUCACUGAAAAGAACAUUCAAGAAUAUCCAUCAAGGAUAUCCUCAUGAAUCUUUGAUGCGCUUUCUAAAGGCAAGAGAAGGAAAUGUUACCAAGGCCCACAAGAUGUUAGUUGAUUGUUUGAUGUGGAGACUGGAAAACAACAUUGAUGGAAUGUUAGCAAAACCCAUUGUUCCAGUGGAGCUGUAUAGGGAUAUACGUGAGUCACAGCUUAUAGGAUUGUCAGGUUACUCAAAUGAGGGCCUCCCUGUGUUUGCCGUUGGAGUGGGCAUGAGCACAUUGGACCGAGCAUCUGUUCAUUAUUAUAUACAGUCCCACAUCCAGAUGAAUGAAUAUAGGGAUCGUGUCAUUUUGCCAGCUGCAACAAAGAAGUAUGGCAGGCAUGUUAGCAAAUGUAUAAAGGUUCUAGAUAUGACUGGGUUGAAGCUCUCAGCUUUAAACUACAUAAAGCUAAUGACAACAAUUUCUUCUAUUGACGAUCUGAAUUAUCCGGAGAAAACUUUAACUUAUUACAUUGUGAAUGCUCCAUACAUAUUUUCCGCAUGUUGGAAGGUUGUGAAGCCACUUCUGCAGGAGAGAACAAGAAGGAAAAUCAAUGUAUUGUCUGGUUGCGGACAAGAUGAUUUGUUGAAGAUUAUGGAUUAUUCCUCCCUUCCCCAUUUCUGCCGUAAGAGAAGUUCGGGCUCUUCCAAACAUUUGGACAAGAAUGCUGACAGUUGCUUUACCUUGGACCAUCCAUUCCACCAACAACUAUAUGAUUACAUCAAGAAGCAAUCCUUGGAUCGUGCAACCAUUGCGCCGGUAAAACAGGGUUCCGUGCAUGUUACUUUACCUGAAAAUGCCAGUGAGGGAGAUAUUGCCAAGAUUCUGGAAUCCGAAUUGGAGAAUUUGAGGGUCUAGAGAGAUUUCCAUAAUAUCAGGAGGGCCUGAAAAUCAAUGAUAGGAAGUACUAACGACUCUUCAUCUCGUUUUUGAAGUGCUAAAUUGCAUCCUGCUCGUAAUCUCUUGUUCUUUGUAUUCAGACUAUCUGUAGCUAUUUAGUAUUCGCUAUGUAGCAUCUAAAAACAGUACAUGUUUCACUGGGAACAGAAAAACUUGAUGCAUGCGCUUCAUAUGUGAGCCGGCCGACUUCAUCUUUAAGCCGUGAGCAAUAUGCUGCAUGCAUUUAUGUAUAAAUGUGUGGAGGCAAUAUAUAAAGUAUGGCUUAUUCUAA